AUUGUGAGUUGACAAAUCUCAAGUUGCGAUGCUUUGGUUGAAGGGCCUAAGAACAUCUCCAGGACCUAAGCAUAUGAUAAACGAUCUCUCUCAAUCACCUUAAGUAGCCAAUAGAGAUGCUCCAUAACGACUUUAAAUCGAUCUUAAUCUAUUUUAAACAAAGAUGGAGAGAAAACAGGAAAACUUGAGGAAGAUGAAUAAUCUGCUCUACUUUUUUCUUUUUUCUUUUGUUUUCUUUGUCUGUGAUGAUCGAUUCUUUCACGGGAGUUAACGAUCAAUUUACUCGAAUCGACCUUUCACAAACCCAAUCAUAUUUUGCGUUUGAAGAGGAAACCUAGUGGCCACCAUUUUCUUUUCUCCGUUUGAGUAUAAAAGAAAAAGUCUUUUCUGUAGUUUGUUAGUUUCUUAUAAGACAAAAUUAAAGUGUUUCAAGAUGGCCGAGCAACAAUGGACAUUGUUAGAUACAAAAGUGACAAUUGUGAACCGAACAAAAUCUUAUGAAAUAUUUAAACAAAAGUUAUCAUCGAUUCCUUACUUUGUGAAACUAUUUUCAGAUCCUAAUUUUGAUUUGAUCAAAAUAGAACUUGAUCUCGAUGAAAGCUCAUUCGAUAAUAUUGUUGAUUUUAUUCACAAAGAUCAUCUAUCAUUUUCCCUGGAAAAUGCGUUAUCAAUGAUGGAAACCGCUGAUUACCUUGGAAUGGAGGAAAUUAAACUUAAGUAUUAUGAUUUCUUUCUAUCAAAUUUCAACAUCGAAGUAUUGGAAGACUAUUUAGUCUUUUAUGAGAAACGUAAUUUGCCCAGAAUGUUUGAUGAAGAAAAGCUCAAUUCUUUCAUUGGAAAAUAUUUUCUUCCAAUUUCCAACACAAGAGCAUUUCUAAAAUUUUCCGUUUCUCUAUUAGAACGCAUAUUGAAACUGAAAUUAGUUGUUUCUUAUGAGUAUCAAAUAGUUGAAGCUAUUGAUCGAUGGAUUAAAUUCAAUGAAAAAGAUAGAAAUCAAUAUGUGCCUCGACUUAUUAAAUUUGUCAAUUUUUGCCAUUUGCAUAAACAACAAAUGAAAAAUGUCGCUAGCAUACUAGAAAAUGCUGGGUUUUGUAUUUAUACUUUGCAGUUGAAUGUACAUUCUUUCCACGCCUGUCAUCCAAAAUCGUGUCAAUCAGACUGUGAAAGUACUCGACAUUAUUAUUACAAAUCGUUGGUCGCAAUCUAUGAAUUGGAUGAAGAUACAAUUGAAAUUCGACGGAUGACAGAAUCGAAACAUUGGACAAUUUAUGGUCAAUUCACUCGAGAUGAAACUAUUUCUUCUUCUUUGAUUGAGGCUCAUCACAUUUUCGAUAUAAUCUAUGAUUCUGGAAGAAAAGGUAUUCGAGUUGAUUGGAACACAAAUAAAUUCAAAUACUUGAAAAUGUUUGGUGAAGAAAAUUCUUAUUAUGAUCAAAUUCAAAAAUAUAUCACUCAUGAUAUCAAGCCUCCCAAUCUGAUUCGUGGAGUGAUCACAGAUUCGAAAAUGGCUCACACGUAUGGACAUUCCUUGAGCCCGACGCGAUUAGAAUCUAUUUCUCUGCAUGAUCACUUUGAGGGAAUUUGCUACGGUAAUGAGCUUCCUGGUGCUUCUCAUUAUUAUGCACCCUCCACCUAUCCAGUUCCGGAAAAAUCUGGCAUCAAACAGUAUUAUCUUCCGUAUCUCGAUUAUAAGCAAUUUUCCUCUUGCCCGUUCAAAGGACCGACUGAAACUCUUGCAUGUUUUGAUAAACUUUAUACCAAUACCCACAAUUAUCAUGUAAAGUAUGUGUACCUUUUAACUAAAAAUGGAUUCAGUUUUAGUUGUGGUCAACAACGUGAAGGUAAAAAACUUGAUUACUCGUCCCUGAAAAGUUUCAUCGGAAGCGACUCUCUUGAUCAUAUCGAGAUGAUUUCUCAUAACAAUUCAGUUCUAGUUUGUAACAAGGAAACCAAAACCAUUUGUUCUUAUAACGGUGAUACUGAUCAUUGGAAAAUAUUUUUGAAAAUUGAAUCCCCGGAAAGAUGAUUGCAUUUGCAUCCAUCAAUUUACCGAUUGAUUCGGAAUAAUAAUAAUCAACUAUUUAUAAUCGCCAAUUUUUGGUACAUUUCUGUUAAUCAGGCCAAUUUUUCAACAUUUUUGACACAUCAACUGUAUAACACAGCCAAAGAUACAAAUUGGUUGCAUAUUGGAUUUAUUAAAAUUUAAAGUUUUGAUGUUUAAUUGCUUAA